GUAAUGAUCUGUAGACGGGACUUUACCAUUGCACUAAUCUACAGAGGGGUGCGGUGAGUCGUCAGUAACCAGCGUGGCAGUCGUUGUUUAGGUGUCCUCCUGUCUUUUUCUGUUUUGUUUUAUUACCGGAAUAGUUUUCAUAUUACAGAUUUGGCAAAAUGUCUAGCAAAAGGGCUAAGGGAAAAACCACCAAAAAGCGCCCCCAGCGGGCCACGUCGAACGUGUUUGCCAUGUUCGACCAGUCCCAGAUCCAGGAGUUCAAAGAAGCCUUCAACAUGAUCGACCAGAACCGCGAUGGCUUCAUUGAUAAGGAGGAUCUGCAUGACAUGCUGGCUUCAUUAGGUAAGAACCCCACAGACGAAUACCUGGAGGCAAUGAUGAAUGAAGCCCCUGGUCCCAUUAACUUCACCAUGUUCCUCACAAUGUUUGGAGAGAAGCUUAAUGGCACAGAUCCUGAAGAUGUUAUCAAAAACGCAUUUGGUUGUUUUGAUGAGGAGGGGACGGGUUUUAUUCAGGAGGACUACCUGAGGGAGCUCUUGACCACUAUGGGAGACAGGUUCACAGACGAAGAAGUGGACGAGCUGUUUAGAGAGGCCCCUAUUGACAAGAAAGGAAACUUCAACUACGUAGAAUUUACGCGCAUCCUGAAACACGGUGCUAAAGAUAAGGAUGAUUAGGAAAAGGGCAAACACUACUGAAACUAAUGAAAAUUACACUGUAACACUAUUACAUGUAUAAUGGUCUUCUUUCCCCCCACAUUCAUGGGCUAGUGCAAAGGGGAUAUAUUCAUCAGCAAGGCAAAAUCAUUGGACUCUACUGGACCUUCUCAUAAACAGUAGACUUGUACAUAUCUAUGAAAUAAACAGACAUGUAAUCUGUGGUAAACCUCAAAAUGAAUGAAUGCUGUUCUGGUAUGUAAAUGUUGAGAAAUAAAUUCUGGAAUUAUUCCUUGUAGCCUGGAGUUGCUGGAUAUUUACACCUUUGUAAUAAACAAUUUGAAAUAA